AUGGCGAGUGUUGCAGCAGAGGCUGGCCAUCCUAUCGGAGCGACCGGGGACAUAAUUGACAACACGCGCGGGGAAGAGGAUCAUGUGGCUCAGUACAUGCAAGGAUGGGCUCUCGCUUCUCUGACUUUGGCUUUCACGUCCAUUUGCUUCGUACUGGCACUUGACAAUACCAUUCUAGCCACCGCGAUACCCCAGAUCACCAGCGACUUCCAGAGUCUCAACGAUAUCGGAUGGUAUGGCUCUUCCUACUUGAUUGCGCAGAUGGCACUGCUGCCGACCUGCGGUCGCUUCUACACAUUCUACAACAUCAAGUGGACAUACUGCAUCUCGCUCGUUGUUUUCGAGCUCGGUUCUGUCAUCGCUGCAGUUGCACCAAAUUCGAUGGCACUCAUAAUCGGGAGAGCGGUAUCUGGCUUGGGCGCAGCUGGCUUAGCGCUCGUGAUGGCCGUUGUUCUGGGGAUGUACGGCAUUGGAUCUGCCGUGGGACCACUGGUCGGUGGUGCCAUAACUGACAACAAGACGCUUACGUGGCGAUUCAUAUUUUGGAUCAAUCUCCCAUUUGGGGCUGUAGGAUUGCUUCUGGUUUGGAUCAGCUUAAGGGACCCUCCGCCAGCCGUUAAAGGAGGGCUUCCAGGGAUCCAAAAGCUACGUGAGCUUGGUAUCCCAGGCGCUGUUUUGCUUCUGGGUGCGACUUCUUGUUUGAAUCUAGCUCUACAGUGGGGCGGAAUCGUCUAUCCAUGGUCCGAUGCAAAAGUGUUCGGCUGUUUGAUUGGGUUCGGUGCGCUCUCGGUUGCGUUCUCGCUCUUACAGGCCCGAGGGAAAGAGAGUGCUAGUAUUCCUCUUCACAUCUUCCGAAGCCGUACUGUAUCUGCGUCAUGCGGUUUCAUGAUGCUCGUUCAGGUGGCGAUAGUGCUGCAAACCUACUUUUGGCCAAUAUACUUCCAGUCAGUGAGGAAUACUAGCGCUAGGGACUCCGGCAUAUAUCUACUCCCGAUCAUCGUGUCCAACAGCCUCGGUACGGUCUGCGCUGGCUGGAUCGCAUCCAAGUCUGGACACUACGUGCCGUUAAUGUGGAUCGGCGCCCCCGUAUUGGCCACCGGUGGUGGUCUGUACCAACUCAUUCGCACUGAUAGUCCGCGCGCACAAUGGAUAGGAUUUCAGUUGCUUUCUGGGUUUGGGUACGGAAUUUGCAGUCAGAUGCCGAUACUAGCGGUUCAAGUCGUCCUUGGGAAAGCAGAUGUACCAACUGGCCUCGUGAUGGUCAUGUUUUUCCAGUUUCUUGGAGGCGCUUUAGCUCCCAGCGUUGGGCAAAACCUCUUCAAUGACCGGCUUCUACGAAAGCUCGGUGAAGUGCGGGGUAUAGAUGGUGCAGCCGUGGUGGCGGCUGGUGGGAGGGAAUUCAGGAAGAUCGUCCCUCCAGAACUGAUGGAUGCGGUUGUCGAGGCCUUUGGUUCUGCUCUGAAGAACGUUUUCUGGGUUGGCCUUGCUACUCCAGCACUUGCUUGGAUUGUGAGCUGGGCAAUAGAAUGGAGAAAACUGCCCGAUUCAGCGGGAAAGGCCGUCCAAGUUCCGGAUCCACAAGUCGUAGAGAAGUGA